UGCUGCUUUUGCUGCUGCCGCGGAUGAUGGUGCAGAUUCGGAUGAUGCUGCUGAUGAUGCUGGUGAUGAUGAUGCUGCUGAUGAUGAUGAUGGUGAUAAUGAUGACGACUUGGAGUUCCAAAAUAAGCAUUUCUACUAUAUCUUCUCGUAGCAUGGCACAGGAGAGCAUGGCAUAGCAUGGCGUUGAGUGUCGAAACGCGCCAUGGACACGGCACCGCAGCGACACUACUUUGGAUCCUCUCGAAGGAGUGCCAGAAGCACCUGGCCAUCCCCAAGGGCAACCACACUGGCUAUUUCGCGGUGCUUUCGUUCGCCGUCGCGCCCCGCGAUGGCCGCAGGGUCACGCUGGUGGCGACGACGAAGGACACUGGAUUGGACAAGCGUUCCUACCCGCAUUUUCGGAAAUGGGCGAUAUCGGCCAGGCGGAGGCGCAACGCAGCUUGGACGUGUUGUCUGCCCUGUCCGAGGGGCGCGAGGUCCCGCACGACGACCUGAUGUUCUUUCUCGAGACUCGGGUCUUCCGGUACAACGCUCGCAAAAAGGAGUGGAGUUGCACGUGCCCGUCGUUCCACCCGUACAUGCGCUGCAAGCACACUCUCGCCGAAGACUUGCGCCAGCGCCGUCGGCAUCUCCCAGCAGGAGUUGACACAAAGACGAUUGAGGCCGCCCCUGCGCACCGCCGGCCUCGCGUCGGGAAUCGCUACAGCAAGCAGGAGGUGCUGGAGCCCGCCGCAGCCGACCAGCCCAGAGACGACGACUGGUCCCGCAUGCUGGUGGAGAUGGCGCGGCUGAAGGACCAGCCUCCGCCCCCGCCGCCGCCCAUGAAACAACCCAAGAAGACGGCCCUGAAGCGGCCGGCCGCAAGCAGGCACGAAGGGGGGGGGAACCGCGCAGAGCCCGCUGCCGAUGCCGUGGCCCCUCCCAAGAUCAGGCGUCGCCUUCGCGGGAAGGGGCAGCCAGCGCCCGCCGCUGCCGCGGAGCUUCCGCCCGCCGCUGGGGGGGGGCGUUUCGAGGGGCCUGAGCAGCCCGAACAACCCGAUCAGAAAGAGGCGCAGCAGCGAGCGGGAAACAUGUUUGGUGACAGUGGGCCCUUCAUGGAUUUCCCCGUGGACGCCGUGAUCAGCCGAACCCUGCGCGCACGCCUGCACGCAGACGCUGCAUUUGAGCUGGAUACCGCGAGGGCGAAGGAGAUGUCUCUGCAGGGCGACUUGGCGCUACAGGCCGAAAGGGCCGAGAAGGAGGCAGUUGUUGCAACGCGCUUGGCUUUGAUGGGGCUGCGCCGUGUGCCCAUCGAAGCGGACGGCCAUUGCCAAUUCCGUGCUUUAUGCGUUGGUCUCGGGUUCCCUGAGCAUGCCCACGGGGAGCUCCGCGAGUGCAUCGCCCAGUAUUUGUCCACUCGCCGCGGCGAGUUCAUCGCGUUCAUCGACGGCCCGCAGGAGCAGGCCGCUGACAGGUGGGGCCGUUACCUCCACGGGCUCCGGGGCAAGGAGUGGGGCGACCAAGUGACGUUAACGGUGGCGUCGCGCAUGUUCAAGCGGGCGAUCACGGUCGUCAGCGACAACCCUGGGCAGGCUUACGUUACCGACCACAUUCCUCCUGUCGUCGAGGGAGUUCCCAUCGUCCUCGCCCAUUAUGGCGAGUUCCACUACGAGGGCACCGUGGCACUUUAGGGCACUAGCAGUCUCUCGCGCGCCUGCGCUCACCUAGGACAAGUUUUCGCG